UUAGAUAAUGGAGAAAUACUGGCUGAAGGGUGUUUCCAAAAGGCUGAAGAAGAUACAUGAUGCCCGGGUUGAGCAAGAGGUUGUCAUUAUCCAAGGAGAGGAAAAGGACUUCAUGAACAUUUAUAUAAAUGAGCUGCAGGAAAAGCAGAAUAUGUAUUUCAAAGCUCCAGUCUCCACUCAUAAGGACUAUCAUUACUAUGCCUGUGAAAGAGCCAGCAAAGCCAGUGGGCAAAGUAAAGGAGAGUCCCAAAAGACCAGGGCAAAUUCUUGUGAGGCAUACAUAUCUUUUAAAUUCAUCACUGACUCCGGAUUCAGAGGUGUUGUGAUCCAUAAAAUGCUGCAACACACUGGGCAUGAUGUAUCUAAUGAAGAGGAUGGGAUAAAAAAUCGUAUACACCCAGAACUGCUUGGAUUUGUAGAGAUGUGGCUUACACAGGGUUGCUCAACAUCAGAGACCCUCCUGAAGAGCUGUGAUUGGGCACACAGAAAUGGCCAUGUUGAUAAACAAAAUCGAAGGUUUUAUCUAACCCCUGAAGAUGUACGCCUCAUCAAAAAGAAUCUCCAUGGUGUCACCUUUCCGCAUCGUAAUGAUUCUGUUAGUGUUGACUAUUUGGUCAACACUGAGCUACAACAAAACAUUUGUUUUUAUCAGCCACUCAUCCACCAGCAACCCCUUAUCAUAGUUGUUCAAACACCAUCGCAAAAAAAACUACUGGAAGAGAACCCCCAUCCCAUGGUUUUCAUGGACGCCUCCUAUAAAGGCAUUACAGCCUAUGGCUAUGCCUUUUACGCACUGCUGUUGAUCAAUAAAACCGGAAGAGGUGUACCAUUUGCAUAUUUUAUCAUGAGCAAGGAAUCAAGUGAAACACUAAGCCUUUGCAUACAGGAGCUUCAGCGAAGCAAUCCUAGCUUUUAUCCAAGGUCCGUAAUGAUUGACCGUGACCUAAAGGUGCUCAAUGCCGUCAAACAUGUUUUUCCAGAUGCAAAGGUUCUCCUUUGUUGGUUCCAUGUGCUUCAGGUGAAGUAAAUGAUUACACUGUAUUACUUUUUGACAGGGAAAUUUAGAAUAUUGUGCAGUUAAAAUUCAAAUAGACAAACAGAAAAAGUGAAGCUGGUAGGUAUUUUCUGGAUAAAUAGUUUUAAUUAUGUUAAAGGUACAGUAAGGGAUUUCACAAGAAGCCACAUUUGUUUGUGUAUGUUUAAAUUUUAUUUUAUUAGCAGACGGUUCUGUGCCAAAAACAUACAUGAUAUUUUAGCCAAAGA